UCUUCCUUGUUGCUUAAGCUAUGGCUUCUCUUAUUAACCAAGUCCCUUCUGUAUCGACAGUCUUCGCCCUCUACACAUCUUUAUCUGCAAUCACUAUGAUUCUCCGUAACAUCCUCAACGAUCUUGUGCCAAAGAAACUCCGUGAAUACAUCACUGUGAAAUUUAUAGACUUGUUCUCCUCUUAUUAUCAGUCGAGUUUUACGUUUGUGAUCGAGCAAAAAUGGGAGUUUUGUGAUAAUCAGACUUUUCGUGCCGCCCAAGUUUACUUACAAUCGCGCCUCGCCGGACUCUCCACGGGAGAAUUCCUAGUGGGUUCGAGUGAUCUCAAGAAUCCGGCGGCUGAGCUAAGUCUCGGAGUCCCUGUCAACGUAAAGAUGGCUGAUGAGUUUGAAGGGAUUCAUCUUGAGUGGUCUCUACGCUGUCUUGAGACUAAGAGUUUUCCCUACGAGAAACAGUAUUUUCAUCUGACUUGUAAGAAGCAAUAUCGUGAGAAGAUAAUGAAGGAUUACUUCCCAUACUUUGCAAAAUCAGCAGAAAAGAUUAUAAGACAUCGCGAAGAUCUUUACAUCUACACUUACAACCGGCAACAGUCAACAUGGCAAGCAGCCAUUUUCGAGCACCACACGACCUUCGAGACCUUAGCUAUUGAGCCGCAACUCAAGACCACCAUGAUCGACGAUCUUGAUGCUUUCGCUAAAGGAAAAGACUUCUUCAAGACCGUGGGACGCGCCUGGAAACGUGGAUAUCUUCUUUACGGUCCACCAGGUACAGGAAAAUCCUCUAUGGUGGCUGCAAUAGCUAAUCACAUGAACUACAAUAUCUAUGAUCUCCAAAUUCAAAGCAUUAGUGACGAUGCUGAGUUGCGGAAGGUUCUUACCGCCACCAAGAACAGGUCAAUUCUUCUCAUUGAAGACAUUGAUUGUGGUGCUGAUUCUUCUUGUAAACGCCAGACCAAAAAGGAAGAAGAUGUUGAGCUUGGAAAGAAAAAAAAGAAGCAUGACCUUGGGAUAUCUUUGUCUGGCCUAUUGAACUUUGUAGAUGGGCUUUGGUCCAGCUGCGGCGAAGAAAGAAUCAUAAUUUUUACAACCAACCACAAGGAGAAGCUCGACCCGGCAUUGCUGAGGCCAGGAAGAAUGGAUCUUCACAUUCUCAUGGAUUAUUGCACCCCUUUUGUGUUGAAGAAGCUUGUGGCUAUGUACCUCAAAAUUAAUGACCAUUUCCUGUUUGAUCCUAUUGAGAAGGUUGUCCGUGAGGUGAGUGCAACUCCGGCUGAAGUCGCGCAGCAGCUCAUGGCGAGUAAGAACGUAGAUAUUGCGCUCAAAGGUCUUCUCGAAUUCCUCGAAUACAAGAUGUUGAAGAAAGAAGAUACCAAAGUAGAGGAAGAGGGGGAUAUUGAAGAUGUUGACACUACAUAAGCUUAACAUAGAAAGUAUGUAAUUUGUAUGUCAAUUCCUUUUGGCAAUAAUAACCAUUUCUUCAUACCAGAGGAGUAUUAAGGAAAAGAGUAUCAUCA